AUGGCCGACAAUAAUAUUGUGGUUAUAGGCGCGGGUGUUGCCGGCCUAACUACAGCGCUACUUCUAUCUCGUAUUCCAGGGUAUAAGAUUGUGGUGAUUGCCAAGCAUAUGCCUGGUGACUACGACAUUGAGUAUGCGUCACCUUGGGCUGGAGCAAAUUAUAUGCCGGUUUCGAUCCGAGGAACUCGUGCAUCUGAAUGGGAUGGACAAACGUGGAUUGCCCUUGAGGACUUAGCUAGGAACUACCCAGAUGCGGGUGUUCAUUUUCAAGAAUGUCAGAUCCAUAGCCGCGCGAAGGAUCAGGGCUCUGCAACUGCAAAUUGGUUUGCGGAGCUUCUAUCACCGAGCCCUUGGUUUAAGGACGUCGUACCAGAUUUCCGUACACUGCCGAAGGAAGACCUCCGACCAGGUUUCGAUUCCGCGACGAGUUUCACAUCUGUGUGUAUCAAUACUGCCAUUUAUCUUCCAUGGCUAGUGUCGCAGUGUCUCAGGAAUGGCGUGCAGUUCAAGCGUGCUGUCUUAGAUCAUAUCCUAGACGCGACCGCUCCGUCAGUGAUGCCUGCGAAGGUUGAUCUGUUGGUGAAUUGUACCGGAUUGAUGGCAUCAAAGCUGGGCGGAGUGGAAGACAAAACUGUUGUUCCUGCGCGAGGACAGAUCGUAGUGGUGCGCAAUGACGCGGGCAAAAUGAUCGAUGUCUCAGGAACCGAUGACGGCGAUGAAGAGGCAUGUUACGUGAUGACUCGUGCUGCCGGUGGUGGAACAAUCCUCGGAGGCUCGUACCAGCUGGGUGACUGGAAUCCUCAGGUUGAUCCCAAUCUGGCCGUGAGAAUUAUGAAGAGGGCCGUGCAAAUGUGCCCUCAACUUACGGAUGGAGAAGGUAUUGAGAAACUCGACAUCAUUCAGCACGCAGUGGGCUUGCGGCCUGUUCGAACUGGAGGAACAAGGAUCGAGAAAGAGAAGAUCGGGGAUACCUGGGUGGUUCAUAACUACGGUGCUGGUGGAGCGGGAUAUCAAUCUUCAUACGGAUGUGCUCAAGAUGCCGUGAAGUUGGUGAGUGAUGCGCUGGGUAGACGGGCUAGAUUGUAG